AAUGAGUAUUAGGGCCACCUCUGCAAUUAUCGUUGCUUUUGACUUUAUUUACCUCCUUGUGAUCUGUCAUCCGCUAUGAAUCUCGAUCACCUAGACCUAGUUUUCGUAAAUAAUAAAUAAGGAAAUUACUGAAUUACACACACCUUUCUAAAAAUGGGAAGUAGAAUGAAAAGUACAUCAGCAGCACCAGACCUUCUGACUGACUCUUAUCCACUUGACAAUAGUAGUGUUACGGAAAUAUUGGAACACCCAAGAUCUAGAACAGAUUCAAGUCUAUUUAACCAGUUAAUAGGUAGAAUUCCUUCAAGUGAUGCACACAAUUCAACAACACAUUCUUGGAAUGAAGUGAAUGGAGAUUGGCGGCAUUUAAGAAAUCCCCUUGCUAACAAUGAUGUUGGUAGCACUAGGGAAGAACUUCUCUGCUUUGACUCUGACCAAUUAGAUGUGCCUUUACUGACUAAUACUAUGGGUGUUGAUGCCAAUUUUAGCAGAGAAUCUGAAGCAUGGGAUCAUUGUCAUCAGAGAACACUGAAUUCUAACAAACAAGUUCAAGCUCGUAAUCAGUUGGUUGCUGCCUCUAUUCUUUGUCUCAUCUUUAUGAUUGCAGAAGCUGUAGGAGGCUAUUUAUCCAACAGUCUUGCAGUUAUGACAGAUGCUGCUCACAUGCUUUCAGAUUUUACAAGUUUUCUUGUAAGUCUAUUUGCAAUUUGGGUUUCUUCUCGACCACCGUCCAAAAAGAUGUCCUUUGGGUACUACAGAGCAGAAAUACUUGGCGCUUUGUUUAGCGUUCUCGUAAUCUGGAUUCUGACUGGCGUCUUAAUUUAUCUUGCGAUUGAUCGCAUUAUUCAUCAGGAUUACGAUAUCGAUGCUAAUACGAUGAUCAUAGUUAGCUCUAUAGGAGUAGUUAUGAAUAUCGCAAUGGGAGCAAUCCUUCACGGAGGUCUUUGCAAGAAACUCAAUCUGGUUCAUCAUGGCCACUCUCAUGGAAUUGGAGGUGGAGGACACGGCCACUCUCAUUCAAACGGCGGGCAUGGGCACAGUCAUGAUAAUCACGGACAUGGGCACAGUCAUGAUAAUCACGGACACACAUCGAACGCCUCUCGCAAUAUGAACGUGCGUGCUGCACUAAUCCACGUAAUAGGCGAUCUUGUUCAAAGCAUCGGGGUUCUUAUUGCGGCCAUUGUAAUCAAAUACUGGCCUAGUUUUCGCCUGGCGGAUCCCAUUUGCACAUUCCUCUUUUCUGGACUGGUGUUGACUACGACUAUAGGAUUAAUCCGUGACGCGUCACAUGUCUUAAUGGAAGGCGUGCCACGUAAUAUUCAAUAUCACGAACUACGACGAGAUCUUAAGAGCAUCAAUGGUGUAUGCAACGUACAUAGUUUGCAUAUUUGGUCUCUCACACUUGAUAGAAAUGCUCUGGCUGUUCACUUGGCUGUUGGUGUUAUGACAGAUGCUGAAGAGGUGCUAAAUAACGCUACUCGACUUCUCCAAAUUAAAUAUGGUAUCGCUCAUUGUACGGUCCAGGUAGAACGGUUCAACGCUGCAGCAAUUGAAGUCUGCCCACAAUGUACUACAUUCGACGAUUAACUUAGACAUUCCAGAUCUAAACCUUUAUAUCUAAACAUUUAUAUUAAGCAUUCCGCAGUCAAAUCUACCUGCUAAUUUGUGUAUAUAUUUGUACGCUAUAGUUGAGCACAAAUUAGCAGCGAUCUACAGAAUUAAAGAUUUAAUUUUCGCAUGCACAAGUAAUACAUUCGAGAACUAUAA